AUGUCUAAGCAGUUCGUCGAGCUGUACUACAACCAGUUCGACUCCGACCGCAAGGCCCUGGCUUCUCUCUACCGUGAGCAGUCUAUGCUGACUUUCGAGUCGUCCUCUGUCCUCGGUGCCACUGCCAUCACCGACAAGCUCUCUUCUCUCCCAUUCGGCACCGUCAAGCACCAGGUCUCCACCCUCGAUGCCCAGCCCGGUAUCGUCGACGGCGGCAUCGUCAUCCUCGUCACUGGCCAACUCCUGGUCGACGAGGAGCAGCGCCCCAUGAACUACACCCAGGCCUUCCAGCUGGCCCGUGACCCCUCCGGCCAGUACUUUGUCUUCAACGACAUCUUCAAGCUCGUCUACGGUUAA